AUGGCGGAUUCCAUAGCCGGAGCUGUGGCGUCAGCCCUCGUGCAGGAGGUGGUGGGCAGAGUCGUCUCCGGCCUCGUGCUGCUGGCCGGCACCGGCACCGGCAAGCGCGAGGAUAAGGCGCCGGCGUCGCAAGCCCAAGCAGGCGCAGGUCCAGGGCAGCACAACGCGGAGAGGCUCAAGAUGGCCGUCAGCCAGCUGGAGUUCGCCUUGGAGAGGACCGGGAAGCUGCCCAUCACAGACGUGUCUCUGCUCGACCAGAGGAAGAUGUUCAAGCUCGCCUACAUCGAGGGCACGGGCCUGCUGCUCAAGCAGCAGCGGCGGCACAGCACGCAAGCCGCUGCCCACCACCAGCAGCAGGACGACGACGAAGAAGAAGAAGCAAACCAAAGGCAAGGCCGGACGGCGAAUCCGAAGCGCAGGCGAUGGAUUCUUGCGGCCAUGGCGCGUCCGUUCAUCACCUCCUCGUCGUCGUCCUUCUCCUCGUCGUCGUCAUCCUCCAUCGACGCCGACGUCGUCCGAAGGUUCGAGUGGUUCGCGGACUGCGCGGGCAGGUUCGUGCGGGACGUGGCCGAGUCCGGCAGCACGCUCCGGCACCACACCUUCUGCAACCCGGUCGUGAGGCGCCUCCUCGAAGGCAAGCACCUCCGGUACGAGACGGAGCAGGGAUCCGUGCUGCGGUUCCUCGACCUGUGGCCGCUGUGCAUCGAAGGCCGCGGCGUGGAGACGAUCCUCGAGUACCGGUACCAGGACCGCGACGCGCCGGAGAAGAACCUGCUCCUGCACAUCGUUCUCCGGCUCUCCGAGAGCAUGGACAUAUUCGGGACGGCGAUAGCGUGCCUGCGGGCUAUGGCGUCCCAGCUGAAGCUGCUCGUGAGCGAAGCCGCGGUCGGGGAGCUCGCGCUGCUGGCUACCUCGGUGGACAUGUGCCGUUCUAUUGCGCCGCCGUGGGCUCGCAUCGACGAAGGUGACUAUAGUAGGGCCAGCCAGGCGUUCCGUCAGGAUCCAGUGUGUUGCAGAGAGAAUGGGUGGCAGCAUGGCCAUGGAGGACGGCCUCGUGCUAGCGGCGGCGGCGGCAUCGCCGCCUCGUCGCCGGAGCUGUACCGGAUAUUGCCCGAGCAGAUCAUCGUGCUGGCGUUUUGGUGCUGCGUUCCGGCACUGGAGUGCAGCUUGUUGCCUAGCAGGUGUUGUAGGCCACCUCUGAAGAUGACGGUUUUCUUCUCUCCUCAUGCGUGCUACCAUGAGGCAGAGGAGGAGGAGGAGGAGGAGGAGCAGAGGAGGAGAAGCUGGGCACUAGACCUUGCUGCUGCAGGAGAGAACGGCAAUCCACUGCUAAGAGAUGUUAGCGUACAGCAAGUCGCUGAGAUGGUGAGACCGAAGGCACUUGAUUGCUUCUUGCGCCAGCCACAUCUGCCGCUAUAUGCAGUCACCUGGGGCUCUGAACAUGGCAAGGCCAUCUUUAUCGUGGAGAAGCCAACAAGUACCGAAAGAGCAGGUGCUACCAUAGAAGUAGAAAAACCCCGAAAGGUGUGCCAAGCCGCAGGUACAUGA